AUGGAAAUUUAAGGGAUACAGAUUAAGUAAAAUAAUAUUUUUAAGCAUUUGUAAGAGAAGUAUCAAAAAUUGGAGUAGACACAGAUCAUAUAAAAGAAGUGCUAACAUCUUGCAAAUAAAUUAAAUGAGAUUAAACUACAAAAGAUGAAUAUUAUAAAAAAGACUCUAUUUGUAUAUAUUCAAUAUUUAAAUAUCUUUAUCUAAAAUAGUAUAAAAAGAUAUGAAGGAGCUAUAAAAGUAUUAAUUAGCAACAUAAUGAUCACCUAUGCUGCAAUCGAUAGUGGAGCCAUGAAUGUGGAGAUAGAUAAAUACUCAAAAUUGUGGAUGAUUAAUUAAAAGGCAAAGAUAUAUUAGUAAUGA